GAGAAAAAUAAGAAAUUAAGCGAAUGUAACCAUUGUCACUUUGGGUUUGUACCAGAAAAAAGCACCUUUGGUGCCUCACUGAACUCAACCGCCGAUAAAAGAACCCAAACCCAUCGGAAAGCCCUACCGGAGUCGGUCGCCGGUCGCCAGAAACGUUCCAAUUCCUCAAUGGAGAGUUCCGAUGAAGAAAACGACGUCGUCACUGGUAAUCACGCACCCAAGGAACUAACUCGAUUAUCAUCUACUGGUGCAAAAUUCGUUGAUGAAGUACUUAACGGUCCAAAUCAACGUUGUUUGGAUAAUUUCCGAAUGGAUAAACAAGUGUUCUACAAGCUAUGUGAUAUUCUAGAAACUAAGGGUUUAUUGCGUGACACUAAUAGGAUCAAAAUUGAAGAGCAGUUAGCUAUGUUUAUGUUUAUUAUUGGGCAUAAUUUGAGAAUUAGGGCUGUUCAGGAAUUGUUUCAUUAUUCGGGCGAAACGAUUAGUCGGCAUUUUAAUAAUGUUUUGAAUGCGGUUAUGUCGAUUUCGAAGGAGUAUUUUCAGCCGCCGAGCUUGGAUGUUCAUGAAUUAAUCUCUGAAGAUUGUAGAUUCUUUCCGUAUUUUAAAGAUUGUGUGGGAGCAGUUGAUGGUAUAUAUGUACCUGUGACAGUUGGUGUAGAUGAACAAGGACCUUUCCGCAAUCCGGACGGGUUACUUUCACAAAAUGUUUUGGCAGCAUGCUCAUUUGACCUCAAGUUUUGUUAUGUUUUAGCUGGUUGGGAAGGGUCUGCUACAAACUUACAAGUUUUUAAUUCAGCAAUCACCAGGAGGAAUAAAUUGCAGGUCCCCGAAGGUAAAUACUACCUGGUAGACAACAAGUAUCCAAAUGUGCCGGGUUUCAUUGCUCCAUAUCCUCGUACUCCCUACCACUCCAAGGAUUUUACCAGUGGUUACCACCCACAAGAUGCAUGUGAGCUGUUCAAUCAACGACAUUCAUUAUUACGAAAUGUCACUGGCCGAACUUUUGGGGCUUUAAAGGAGCGAUUUCCUAUAUUGAUGGCAGCUCCUUCAUACCCAUUACAAACUCAGGUUAAGUUAGUGGUGGCAGCUUGUGCUUUACACAAUUACAUUCGUGGGGAAAAACCAGAUGAUUGGAUUUUUAAGAUGUAUGAUAAAGAUGCAUCAUUUACAAUGGUAGAAUCACUACCUCCAUCAGAGGUUGAAACACAUCCGAAAACAAAUGUCGAGACCCAAAACCAGUAUCAGGGUCUUAGUUUUAAUGCUGAUGAAAUUGCACUUGCUUCACAGUUAAGGGUUUCUAUUACAACUGAAAUGUGGAACAAAUAUAUCCAGGAUAUUCCCCUCAUGUAAAAUUUGUCCAAUUAAGUUUAUGUUCUCAGGCUAGGUUUGAAUAUUUCCGAGGAUCUUUGUGAUACAGUAGAAUUAAACUGUUGAUUUCUACUCUGAUAGUGUACAUUGUAAUUUUGUUCAUAUAACACAAGCAUGCUUGUUAUCACA